AUCAAUCUUACUGCGAAUGUUUGUUGAUACAGUUGGUUUACACAGGGUCAUAUACACACACACGCGCGGAAAAACAUCAGAGUAAUCUAUCGAUCGCAUGCUGUUCUUGGACGAUCCGUGUUAUCUUUACAGCUCCGAGAGUCGCUUCAAUUCGAUCACCUCGUCAGUCGAUGUCCAUCCGUGGAAAAAAGUGCAUCGCAAACUGUGUGACACCGUCGUGGGAAGGAAGUGUCACUGUUGUGGAUUCGAUCUGGAAAAAAAAAAUUCUGUUGUAGUAAUAUCGUGACUAUUGAGAUAAUACCGGCAGAUCAUUUAAAAAGUUAGAUUCUAAUCUCGCCGUUUAUCAGGGGCUUCUAUGACGGUGUGGAGUUACACCUUACUUGAAAACUGAUAGUAGUGAGAAAAAAGUUAUUGGGUAGACAUAUAAAAUGAAUAGUUACUGACCGGUAUUCAGUCAGUGCUUCCGUUUUCGCAAAAUGAGGCUGCUCGCGUUUGCUGGGCUACUGGCUUUACUGGCCACUAACAGCCUGUGCUACGGGCAAGUGCGUUCGGCGACUGCAGUUACGAAAAAAUUCAAGACCGGCGACGUUGAUAUUCAAGUCAUAAGCAAUAAGGUCGUCUUAAAUGUUCGAAAGAAUGAUGGAGCGAACCUUCAAAAUACCCUCUACAUCAAAGACGCCAAGAACACGGCUACGCUCAAGAUCGAGCAGGAUUGCGAAAAGCUGACGACUUGCAUAAUGACUGGUAACAUCACCCAUACCAAGAUCAAAGCCGACCGCGACAGCGAGAUCAUCACUAUCAAGCGUGUGGUGAAUAACCCAGACGUCGAGAUAAUCGACUGCUACAAGCUCGAGGAACACACGGAGUGGUUUGGUGGACCCCAACUUCGUUAUCAACACUGGCCCAUCCAGCACAUGUACUACGAGGAUGUGCCAUAUGUUCCAACACAUCCGCAGAACAUGGCUUUGGCUGAAAGAUACUGGCUGUCCAACCGAGGAAUUUACAUCUACGUGGAUGAGAAAGAUCCACUGUUCCUCGAUCAGAACAACUACAAGGAUAAGCACCUGUGUCUGAUAUCCAAGAAUAAGGAUCCGUACAGCAGGAGACCCAACAUCACGCUCAACUACGAGAUUGGUGUUUAUCCAGAUCCAAGACUGGCCCACGAGAGUGUUAUCAAGAGGCACUUUGAUAAACCCACGGGACAUCCGAACGAGAUUAUGGUGACACAUCCUAUUUGGUCCACUUGGGCUAGAUACAAGGUCAACGUUAACGACGAGACCGUCAGGAAGUUCGCCGAAGAGAUCUUGAGUAACGGUUUCAACAACAGCCAGAUCGAGAUCGACGAUAAUUGGGAAACUUGCUACGGAUCGGCUACAUUCGAUACCAAAAAGUUCCCGGAUAUAAAGAAGCUUUUAGCCGAUCUGAAGAAGAAGAAGUUCAGAGUCACGCUAUGGAUCCAUCCUUUUAUCAAUGAGAAGUGUAAUGAUGGUGAGAGCUAUGAUUAUGCUCUGAAGAAUGGUUACCUCGUCACGAACACCAAGGGCGAAGUGCACACGAGCUGGUGGCAAGGAGUCGACGCAGCUGCGAUAGACUUUACAAACCCAAAGGCUGUUGCAUGGUGGGUGGGUCGCUUGAAGAAGCUCGAGCAACUUGGCAUCGACAGCUUCAAAUUCGACGCUGGUGAAGUCUCGUGGCUGCCUCAACCUCCGAAACUAACGGGUCCAAUUGACUUAAUACCUGGCAUCUAUACUUUGAACUACACGUCUAACUUGGCGAAGCACUUCGACGACAAUAUCGAGGCUCGAGUGGGCUGGAGAACCCAAGGUCUUCCAAUCUUCGUCAGAAUGAUCGACAAGGACACCAGAUGGACCUGGAACAACGGACUGCCAACUUUAAUCACGACUCUGCUUCAGAUGAAUCUUAACGGAUACGUGUUUGUCCUGCCGGACAUGAUCGGCGGUAAUGGAUACGUCGGCAACUCGUUCAACGACACCGAGCUGCCUUCGAAGGAGAUUUUCAUUAGGUGGUUGCAAGCCAAUGUUUUCAUGCCGUCCUUACAAUAUUCAUUCGUACCUUGGGACUUUGACGCUGAGACUAUCACCAUCUGCAAGACUUUCACUGAUCUGCACGCUAAGAUAGCGCCGAAGAUAGUGGCUCUCAUGAAGAAAGCAGUGGAGACAGGAGCGCCUGUCAAUCCACCCAUCUGGUGGGUUGAUCCUUUGAACAUGCCAGCCCACCAAAUCAACGACGAAUACCUUCUCGGAGAAGAAAUCCUGGUAGCGCCAGUGAUCGAAGAGGGCGCACUCAGUCGCGACGUCUACCUUCCCACAGGUAACUGGAAGGACGCGAAUAGUGAUAAACUUUACGCUGGUCCUAUGUGGCUUAACGACUAUCCGGCUCCACUCAACGUUCUUCCUUACUUCUACAAAGUUUGACAAAAGAAUCACCGAUUUCUGCAGUAGUUUUUGGUAUCUCUUAACUUUAUACAUUAUUCACGUAUGUACAAAUUUAUGUUGAUGCACUCACAUAUGCAUUUACACACGAUUAUAAUUUAAAAGUCGAUGACUCAUUAUGUACAAUUAACUUAUAAGACUCUUGUGGCAUUAAAUUUUCCUAUGAAAAACAAAAUUAA